GGCCGUUCGCGGUCCUGUCCUCCCCCGCGCACGUUUUAGAUGGCGUCGUUGCUUCAAACUCGUCUGUUUCCUGGCCUCUCCAUCAAGGUCCAACGCAGUAACGGCGCCAUUCACAAUGCCAGUGUAAGAUCUGUGUACCUGGAGAAGUCCUGUGUUUCGGUGGAGUGGAUAGAAGGAGAUAUCACAAAAGGCAAAGAGAUUGAUUUCGACGAUGUGGCGGCCAUAAAUCCUGAACUCUUGCAGAUUCUUCCCUUGCACCCAAAGGACAAUCUGUCCUUGCAGGAAAAUGUAACCGUCCAGAAACAAAAACGUCGAUCAUUCAACUCCAGAAUUCCUGCCCCAAGGGAAGGUCUCCGUGGCCGUUCCACUCGCUUGUCCACUCUCGCAGAGGUGCGAAUGACCUCUCAGGAAAAUGAUAUGGAGGUGGAGCUGCCUGCAUCUACGAACUCCCGCAAACAGUUCGCUGCUUCCGCUGGCCACCCUAGGCCCUCCUGUUCUGCAGUGGCUGAAAUUCCAUUGGCGAUGGUCAGCGAGGACGCGGAAGAGCAAGGCCAUCCCAGAAUUUCCUCUGCGGCAAACCCCGCGAGCUCAGUUCGAAGGAAAUCCUGUGUUGUGAAGGAAGUCGAAAGAAUGAAGAACAAGAGAGAAGAGAAGAAAGCCCACCACUCCGAAAUGAGAAUAAAGCGUGCUCAGGAGUAUGACAGCAGCUUUCCAAACUGGGAAUUUGCCCGGAUGAUUAAAGAGUUUCGGACGACUUUGAAGUGUCAUCCACUUACUGUGACGGAUCCUAUUGAAGAGCACAGAAUAUGUGUCUGUGUAAGGAAACGGCCGCUAAAUAAGCAAGAACUGGCCAAGAAGGAGAUCGAUGUGAUUUCCAUUCCUAGCAAGAGUCUGGUCCUGGUGCACGAACCCAAGUUAAAAGUGGACUUAACAAAGUAUCUGGAGAAUCAAGCGUUCCGGUUUGACUUUGUAUUUGAUGAAACGACUUCAAAUGAAGUUGUCUACAGGUUCACAGCAAGACCACUGGUACAGACAAUCUUCGAAGGGGGAAAAGCAACCUGCUUCGCGUAUGGCCAGACGGGAAGUGGCAAGACACACACAAUGGGCGGAGAUCUCAUGGGGAAAGCCCAGAACGCAUCCAAAGGGAUCUACGCCAUGGCCUCCCAGGACGUCUUCCUGCUGAAGAAUCAGCCCCGCUACCGGAACCUGGGCCUGGAAGUCUAUGUGACGUUUUUCGAGAUCUAUAAUGGGAAGCUCUUCGACCUGCUCAACAAGAAGGCCAAGCUGCGGGUGCUGGAGGAUGGCAAGCAGCAGGUGCAGGUGGUGGGGCUGCAGGAGCACCUGGUGAACAGCGCCGACGACGUCAUCAAGAAGAUCGACAUGGGCAGCGCCUGCAGGACCUCUGGGCAGACCUUUGCCAACUCCAACUCUUCCCGCUCCCACGCCUGCUUCCAGAUUCUUCUUCGAAACAAAGGGAGACUGUUUGGCAAGUUUUCUCUGGUGGAUCUGGCAGGAAACGAGCGAGGCGCAGACACGUCCAGCGCUGACCGGCAGACUCGCAUGGAGGGUGCGGAAAUCAACAAGAGUCUCCUGGCCCUGAAGGAGUGCAUCAGGGCCCUGGGACAGAACAAGGCGCAUACCCCGUUCCGAGAGAGCAAGCUGACGCAGGUGCUGAGGGACUCCUUCAUCGGGGAGAACUCGAGGACCUGCAUGAUUACCAUGAUCUCCCCGGGCAUCAGUUCCUGUGAAUAUACUUUAAACACGCUGAGAUACGCAGACAGGGUCAAGGAGCUGAGCCCCCACACUGGGACCAGUGGGGAACAGACAACUCAGAUGGAAACAGAAGAGACAGAUACUAGCUCGAUUGGGACCCUGAUGACCAGCAAUUUCUCCAAGGAAGAAGAGGAACUGUCUUCCCAGAUGUCCAGCUUUAAUGAAGCCAUGACUCAGAUCAGGGAGCUGGAGGAGAAGGUCAUGGAAGGGCUCAAGGAGAUCAUCCAGCAAGGCCCCAGCUGGAUUGAGCUCUUCGAGAUGACUGAGCAGCCCGACUACGACCUGGAGACCUUAGUGAACAAAACGGAGUCAACGAUGGUCCAGCAGACCAAGCACCUCUCGGCCCUGCAAGAUACCGUGAAGGCCUUGCGCUUGGCCAUGCAGCUGGAAGAGCAGGCCAGCAGACAGAUGAGUUGCAAGAAACGGCACCAGUGACGGCUGCAAAUAAAGAUGUUUG